UCAGCCUGUGAAAUUCUUAAACUUAUUCUCAUGUAUGCAUUUGAUCUUGAUGUCAGUUUGCUACUAGUUUUCCCAAGUAUACUUCAUCAGCCGCUCAAAGGAAUCUUAAGAAUUUCUCUCAGCCUUACCUUGAGUUGGUAAAUAGCUAUAGUACCGGCAAAGUAUCAGAGGUUGAGAAUUAUGUGCAGAUGAACAAGGACAAGUUUGAAAACGACAAUAAUCUUGGGUUGGUGAAGCAAGUCGUGUCAUCAAUGUAUAAACGCAAUAUUCAGAGGUUGACUCAGACAUACCUAACUCUCUCCCUCCAAGACAUAGCGAACACAGUUCAACUGAAUAGCGCAAAAGAGGCUGAGAUGCAUGUUCUUCAAAUGAUUCAAGAAGGUGACAUUUAUGCUACAAUCAACCAAAAGGAUGGAAUGGUUAGAUUCCUCGAGGACCCCGAGCAAUACAAAACCUGCGAGAUGAUUGAACGCCUCGACUUCUCAAUCCAGAGGAUUAUGAUGCUCUCGAAGAAAGUAACGACCAUGAAUGAGGUUAUGUCAUGCAACCCUUCUUACCUUGGAAAGGUUGGGAGGGAGCGGCAGAGAUUUGAUUACGACGAUUUCGACACCGUUCCUUCUAAAUUCAACCUAUGAGGAAGGUGAAAAGGAAAAACAUGGCGCUUCCAAUGACCUGUGAGUUUUGGAUUAGUAGAAAAUUUUCAUUUUCUUAUGGUAGAAGCUGGGAUUAGGAAUGAGAGUUUUUAAAAACGUUGGCCCCACACAACCUUAUCUAUUAUUCAUCACAUCUCUUGCACGAUUCUUGGUAUCAUGUCCUAUUUUCAAUUAUUUCACAUUUCAUAUAAUUUGCAAUGAUGAAUAUUUAUAUAUUUUUAAUAAA